AUGGACACGGGGCAGACGGCAGCUACUGAAUCUGCUUCACUCAAUGGCGCUCGGCCGCCAACGAGGAGGAUUGCUCCUGUUGCAUUGAGACCGGACGAGGUAGGGCCUGGGAACCUGGAAGAACAGCAGAGGGGCAAUGGCAAGGAACCUGUUGACAGUGGAAGGGCACGUGAUCAGGAGGGGGAGAGAGAAGAAGCUGACAGGCUUUCUUCACGCUCUGACAGAGACGAAAGUUCUGACAUGGAUGAAGACCAGAUGUCAGGUCCCUCCAAUGCUGAGCCGCAGGGGCCCCUGUCAGAGGAGCAGCUGCAGGACCUCGUUGAUCAGUUGAUUGCGGUGGAGCUUCAGAAUUAUGAGAUGCAGGAGGAGCUGGAAGAGGAGUCGCUCAAGCAAUUACGAGACAAUGUGGCUGCUGAAUUGGCAGAGCAGCACCAGGGUGAUGCUUUGGAGGAAGCUAUUGAGAGCGAACUUGCACUCUUCAGAGAGUACAAGGAAGAGGACCUAAACGAGGGGCAGGCCAAGGCCGCUGAGUUGCAGGAGCUCCUAGAAGACGCUGGCGUGUUCUUGCGGGGUGUCUACAUGGAGAUCGACCGGAUGUGGAGUGAACAGGCGAAAACAGAAACCUGGAAGAAUGCUCAGUGGACCAAGGACAAGGUGCCGGAGAGAGUGAAAGCUGUUCUGAAGGAAGCGGGCCAGGAGCUCGAAGCACAGCGUCCCGUAGGGACGGACAAGGAAGGCCGAAGGCUUGGACUUGGUGCGAGUGGUUUUAUGGCACGAAAGGUUCAGGAGAUCCGAAAGAAGAGCAGGCAGAUCGAGAAAAGAAGAGCCAAAGCGGCAGCAAAAAUAGCAAAGCAGCCUCUCAACGGAGCUUCGGAAGCAACAGCGGGACCACAAGAGGAGGACGAAAGCAGUAGCGAGGAUGACGAGGCCGUUUCAGAGCCAGAGGAGUCAAUCAGCGGGGAGGCAAUCUGGGCCGCUGUGUGUUCGUCCGAUGAUGAGGGAGAUACCUUCGCCAAGAUUGCGACAAACCCGACUGCAAAAACCAUGUUCCGGCAGUUUGCAUCCCGUUAUAAGGCAGAGACACCAGAAGAUGCUGUCCGGCUGUGCGAGACAAUCGAAGGCGCCACUGAGGUUGAAGAGAUUGGAGAGUCCGGCGUGGCAGAGAGCAAGGUGGUGGAGGGGUUGUUGAAGAAGGCAUACAAGGAAGAAAGCAAGAAGGGCCUGACAGAGACCCAGCGGAAGACUAUGAAGAAGAGGGGAGACGACGAGGACCGAGUGAAGACCGUCAGGCAGCGCAAGAAGCACCAGUUCAAGGAACCAAAGCCGCGCAAGCCCCGGGCUCCCAGAGCACCAACACCCAAGUCGGCUGCUUCAAAGAAGUCCACCGAGCCCCUCGGACCGGAUGCACGAGAGGCGAGCACUCCCUUGGUGGCCCAAAGUGGUACCGAAGCCGCCCCUGAAGCUAGAAGCACUGCCGCGGCGAAGCCGUUGAAAGCCGGGACAACGUCUCCAGAACGGAGCUUCGAAACCGCGCAAGAGGACGGGACUGAGAGCAUCUCUGCGGUCAGAGCGGGCGCUGAGAAGCCCGAGAAGGCUCGGCCGUUGUCUCCGGGACGUGAUCAACCGGUCGAGCAAGCGGACUUUCCAGCGUGCGAGGCAGACGACAGCCCGGUGGGGAGAGGCGAGGGGUGGGCAGAGGCAGACGGGAAGACCGAGUCGGUCGGUGGAGGAGCGGUAGCUGACCAGCCGUCUGAGGGCGCUCGGGGAACGCAGCGGACAGGAGCCAUGAGCGAAGCGGAGAUUCCGUCCCCCUCGGACGACGCCCGGCAAGAGAACCGGGGCGGAAGCGGAGCCUCGCCGGAAACGGAACAGGCGGGCGUGAAACGGGCGAGCCUGGGGGAGUCGCCGGCGGUGAAGCGCCCUCGCUUUGCGCUGCCCACCGGAGUCCAGGUGGUGGACUUAGCGAGCGAAAGCGAGGAGGAAGCAGCCACUCCCGCCCCGCCGGUGGUGGUUGAACUGGAGGAUACUGAGCCGAUGGAAGGGAGCGUGAAAGAAGAGAAGAGUAGCGCGAAGAAGGCGUCAGGAAGUGAGGAGUUUGGAGAAGGGAGCGAGCCGCCGAUCGCCAGGAGGACGAGGGGGCAGUUGCGGGCUGCGUUGGGGGAGCCGGAACCGGUUGGGAAGCUUGCAGAGGACGCAGAUAUGGAAGCGGAAGAGGAAGAUACGAAGGUAGACGACCGCACCGUUGAGGAAGUGGCGCGAGAUGCGGCCCGAAAGAGGGAACAAGCCGCGGGGAAGAGGAAAGCGGAGGAGGGGCCGACCAGCAGCAAAGAAGGGGAGACAUUGGACCGGUCUGCGGAAGCCGUGGGGGAGAGUCCGGUAAGCGGCGCGCAGGGGCCGAAGUUUGGGGCAACCGCUGCGAGCUGCGCGGCGAGCGCGACUGUCGCCGCUCGGGGGAAGGAGGAUGCUGAGGUCAGUAGUCCGGUGCGGACGCCGCGGCGGUGUCCGGACAGUCCGGCGUCGAAGAAGAAGCUGAAGCGGCUGAGCGAGCUGGAGACGCCCAGCGUGUGGAAGGGCAGAACGCCGGACAGCGAAGAGGGCACGGAAGAACGUCUAGCGGAAAGCACGCCGGCUAAUCUGGAGGGUACAGCAGCAAAGUCGGAACAGCCGGAAAGCGCUCGCAAACUCCAGUCGCCACCGCUUGGAGGAAGGAAGCGCGGGCGACGGCGGCUAGUGCUGCAAGAUGACGAAGAGGAGGUACAUACCGGUCCAAGUGGUCGCCGUGAGAAUGAAGAGCAAGAGCGGGCUGGCUCGGACAAUGUGGAGAAGAGUUCUGACAUGGAGGCGGAUGGACGCGCAAGCGAAAAGCCAGAGGCUACCGAGCCGGUGCUCGGGGAAGAGGCCCGGGGAACCGCCGGAACGGAAGGGCCGAGCACGCCGGAAACGGAAGGCGGUGCACAAGAGGUGACCCCGAAGAAGGCGGAAGGGCACGUGACGCCGAAGAAGGACGGCACGGUGGAGGAUGACUACAGCGACGAGGAGAUGGAAGAUGCGGCGGAUUCCGAUGAUGCUUGGGACCGGAAAAAGGACCGCGAGAUGGCGAAACGGGAGGCUGCUCAAAAUGGGUCCAAGAAGAAGAAGCCGAAGAAGCGAAAAAGUGCGGACGUCAGCAAGGGCAGGCUUGGCAAGAAGGGAGACCAGGACUCGGACGGAUUCUACUCUGCCGAGGCCAGCCCGUCGAAACGACGAAAGUCGGAUCCGAGCAGCAAAGACGAGGAGGAGGAACAGGACGGAGCGGAAGCGGACGGAACGGAAGUGAGCGGAAAGUCGAGUAGGGGAAAGAAGGGCAAGGAGAAGGGGACGAAAAAGAAGGGGAAGAAGGUCCGGUUGGGCUGUAAAUGCACCACGUGUCCGAAGGCGCUCAAGCAGAGCAAAGUGCGACAGCACCCGGUGCUGCUGGUGACGCAGUGCCGCCGGUGCCUGGAGCACUACAAAGCGGCCACCUUCCCGGUGGGCGACGACGGCUGGGAGGAGGAGUGCCAGUGGUGCGGCGACGGCGGCACGCUAACCCUGUGCACCUCGUGCAAGAAGACCGUCUGCCGAGACUGCGUCGUGCGCAACUUGGGGGACGCGGCUUGGGAGACAAUUGGCGACAACUGGGUGUGCUACUCGUGCGACAACGAGCCAAUCCGGAAGCUGCAGGAGGCGCAUUGCAGGGCGGCGGAAACGGAAGGAGGGGAGGAGGGCGGAACGGGGACCUCUGCGGCGCAGCUCGAGAAGAAGAAGCGCAAGGGGCGGCGCAACAUCAAGGCCAUCAACGACCAGCUAGACCCCGAGACGCAGGCGAAGCUCAACAUGGAGCGCGAGCGGCUCGCGCGCAUCGAGCAGCGGCGCGCCAACACCGCGCUCUCGCCCCUCAAGGGGCCACGUGGCACGCCCCGCAAGUCCGUCGGCGCAGCAGUGGACGAGGACUCACCGGAAAUGGUCGACGAAGAGGUGGGCUUCGACAAGGAGUUGGGAGAUGGCAACUCCGGGCGGACCGUGAUCAUUAACACGUCGAGGCCGGAAGACGAGGACCCGAUCUUCAUCGACCCGGCGAUAGCAGAAAAGUUGAAGCCGCACCAAGUGGAAGGAGUGCGCUUCAUGUGGGAGAACAUCGUCGAGACGGUGAAAAUAUGCGCCGACACUCCCAAGGAGGGCCUGGGCUGCAUCCUCGCUCACAGCAUGGGGCUCGGGAAGACGCUCCAGGUGGUGACGCUGGUCCACACGCUGCUGACCAACCGCGAGCUCAACGUCCGGACGGUGCUCAUCGUGGUGCCCGUCAACGUGCUGCGCAACUGGUCGUCCGAAUUCAACAAAUGGCAGGGCGGCCAGGAGCACACCGUCCGCAAGAAGGUCAAGGUCUACACCGUUGAGGACGCCGGCUCCAAGAACGAGCAGCGCGCGGAGAUGCUCGCGCGCUGGCAGCGCACCGGGGGCGCGAUGAUCAUCGGCUACACCGCGUUCCGCAACGCCGUCUCGGGGCGCACCAUCAAAGACCCCGCGCUGCGCGAGUCGUUCAAGCAGUCGCUGCGCGACCCGGGGCCGGACGUUCUCAUCUGCGACGAAGCCCACAUGAUCAAAAACAUAAAAGCGGACAUCACGAAGGAGCUGAAGGCGGUGAAGACGCGGCGGCGCGUCGCGCUGACGGGGUCGCCGCUGCAAAACAACCUGCUGGAGUAUUACUGUAUGGUGGACUUCGUGCGCGAGCGGCUGCUGGGCACGGUCGCGCAAUUCAAGAACAAGUUCCAGAACCCGAUCAGCAACGGGCAGCACAUCGACUCCACCAAGACCGACAUCCGCAAGAUGAAGCGCCAGUCGCACGUGCUGCACAAGCUGCUGCUCGGCUUCGUGCAGCGCAAGGACCAGCGCCUCCUGGGCGACAUGCUCCCGCCCAAGUCGGUCUACGUGCUCUCCGUGCGCCUCUCGCCGCUACAGCGGCGGUUGUACCAGCGGCUCCUGGCGGCGAUCCCGCACAAGCAGGGCAAGAGCGGGAAGAACUACCUGUUCCAAGCGUACCAGGCGCUAACCAAGGUGUGGAACCAUCCGAACCUCCUCCACAUGGCCAAGGAGAAAGAAGACGCUAAGGCUGAGGACACGCUCGAAGAUGCGAUCGCGGGGGACGACGAGUCCGGCGAGCCGCCCGCGGAGGACCCCUCUGCGUCCGUACGUCCGAAAACGCCUUCCGCAAUGCCGUCCGUUUCCGGCGCCACCGCAACUGCGCAGCCGGGUAGGGGCGAAGAUGACGCAGUGGAGGAAGGGGCCGUGAACAGUCCGGCGAAGGGAGACCGGAACGGAGCCCCCGGAGAGCAGAACGGCCCCCGAGGCGUCUCACCUUCGGCGGCGACCGAAGCGUCCGGCGAGCGGAACGGGAGCGGAACCGGAACGGGAGCGGAACUCGAACGGAACGGGUCCGAGAGCGGAAAGCCGCCUGCGCGGCGCGGCCGCGGGCGCCCCCCCGGGGCGAAGACCAAGACUCCCCGGCAGCCGGGGCUGGACAUCCCCAAUUCGUGGUGGCAAGAGGAAAUGCCGGAUCCCGUGGAUCUGAUCGACGGCAGCGGAAAAGUUGCAAUCGUGCUGGACUUGCUAAGGACAGCAACUGCACGCGGGGACAAGAUGCUGGUGUUUUCCCAGAGCCUGUUCACACUGGACGUGAUGGAAGCGGCGCUGGCCACGCUGCCCCGGGUGGAAAGCGGCACCGGGGAGACGUGGUGCAAGAACCGGGAGUACUACCGGCUGGACGGCUCGACGCCGUCGACGGCGCGGCAGAAGCUCGUGGAACGGUUCAAUGACCCAUCCAACACUGACGUCAAGUGCGUGCUCAUCUCCACCAAGGCCGGCUCCCUCGGAAUCAACCUUCCUGCCGCUAACCGGGUGGUUAUCUUCGACGGUUCCUGGAACCCGACCCACGAUCUUCAGGCCAUGUUCCGGGCGUGGAGGUUCGGCCAGACGAAGCCGGUGUUCGUCUACCGGUUGCUGGCCUGCGGGACCAUGGAGGAAAACAUCUAUGCUAGACAGGUGACCAAGGAGAGCCUGUCCGCGCGCGUGGUCGACGAGCAGCAAGUCGCCAACCACUUCUCCAACCAGGAGCUCGAGUCCCUGUACACCCUAGCCGAAGACGACGACGACUACGUCCCGGAGGAAAGCACCGCCCCCGCGAACGCGCCGUCCCCGGCGACCACGACGCCCGCGAACGGGGUUGGUCGGUCGCCCGAUCUGGCCGCCGACGUCAUCGGGGCGGCCGCGGGGGCGGCCGCGGCCGCGGAGGGCGCGGCGCAUCCGGAGCGAGUUGAGGAGGCUGUGAAGGAGGCGGUGCGGCGGGGCGUGAAGGAGUUUGCGAUACCUGACGACGCGCCGCCGAAGGACGACGUGCUCGCGCGCGUGCUGCUGCGGAACCGGCCGCGAUGGAUCGUGCGCUACCACGAGCACGACGUGUUGCUGGAGGACAAGGAGCAGGAGCACGACAAGGAGCAGGAGCACCUGGACGAGCGCGAGAAGGCGCUCGCGUGGAAGGAGCAUGAGGAGGCCGCCAUCCGCGAGGCGCAGCCGGAGCUGACGCAGCACCAGGUCGCCAUCCAGCUGCUGCUCAAGGACCUGCACCAGGUGGAACAGAACGCCGAGUUGGGCGAGGACGAGAAGCGACUCCAGCUGCGGUCAAUCCACAGCAGUAUCGGCCUGCAACGCAACCUGCAAGCGCAGCUUGAACUGAACCAGAGGCACCAGGCGGAGCUCCUGCAGGCCGCAGCGUUGGCGCAGGCACAGGCGCAGGCGGCGCAAGGACACGUGGCAUCGGGGGCGCAAGGACACGUGGCAACCGGGCCGCAGGGGCACGUGCCAGCGGCACCAGCGCCGGGGUUGCGGGGGGCGCCUGUGAGGGAGGACGGCGAGGGGAAGGCGCAGAAAGAUUUUCGG